CUGACACCCAAACUGACCAGCCGUGGCCCCUACGCACUUACGCUACCUCGCGACUCUCAGCUGCUCGGCGAGACUGCGCUGGCCACAUAUCUCUUCUUCUGCCAUCCGUUUAACAUGCUAUACUGCAGUCCUAUCUCAAGUCUUCCUCCCUCGUCAUCAACCACUGUCGCUACCUUAUUGUCUCCCUAAUCUCGUCGUAGCCGACCAUCUCCGGAGAUUUAGCUUCAGCCCUUCCGAGCGUUGUGAAGAUGCUACGAUAAGCGUAUUGCAGGGCUCGACUCCGUCACGGGCAUGCUGCCUGCUGAACUAACUUGGAGACAAACGAUCUAUACACCAAAUCGACAUGAUGAUGGUCCCUCGGGCUUUCGCCCCAGGUUCUAUGGGCGGGACUCAGACCAUCGAUUUCGACGAGAAAGAAGUCCUGUCCAGAAGACGAUCGCCAGAAAGGAAAUCCGGCUCACCCACGCGAUCAGCCCUCUCACAGAGCCUUUCACAGCAAAAGUCAGAGAGGAACAAGCCGUCCUCAGAUCCUGUCAAGAUCCCGCCACGCGCCGACAGACGCUCUAAACCAACGCGGCGACCCGGGCCUUCCUUGAUUCAGCCAUCAAGAAGUGAAAGUAGCCAGUCGGUGCAAGACAUACCCAGCAGAAGAAAAGAGUCUGUACAAGAUGUACUAUCGUCCACAACUAUACCAAUCAGGCGCAAACCGAGGCAGAGACCGGUACAAAGACUUCCAAACUGUGACUACGUCGCCGAUUUCAGCAAACUACUCAGAGACGACCUCCCCAGUGGGGAAUCCAGCUUGUCCGGAAGCUGGUCGAGUCCGCAAUUUGAAGGACUGUUUGGCGCCAUCGAUGGCUUGCUUGAGGGUCAAAUGUUUGUGGGAAGUGAAGGCCUCGAUGCAGGGGUUCUAUCAACAAGAUCAUUGUCAACCGAAUCAAUGCCUUCUCUCGUGUCUCCAGACGAGUUCAGCGCCACGGAUACUGCCAGUUUCUCUCCAGCAACUUUACGAUCCCCAUCUGAUCAUCGAUUGCGGCAGAUGGCGAGUUCGGAAGAUUGCAGCGAUCAACAUCCUCUCCUUCAGGUGGAAGAUGACCAGGAUUUUAGCGGGACCACCACUCCAGAUCUCGCAAUGUCUCCUCCGCCGAAGAACCUACGAAGACUGAUGCCGGAAAAGCGACCGAGUUCAUUCAAGUCCAGCCUCACCGCAUCUCUGAAAGCACUCAAAUCUGCCGCGCAGACCGUCUCCAACAUCGCCGGUACUCCGCCGCUUGUCCAGCCCGACGAAUUCCUAUCCAAAUCCAUCUUUGAUUUCCAGCCCUCCUUGACCGAUGACCGACGUCCACCUCCCUCCGACGAGCCUCCAUCGGCAGCUCUACGGAGAUAUCUCAAUCCACAUACUACCGUGCCUCCGGACUCUCCAGCUCAGCUGCACUUUUGGGUCGAUGAGAAACCAGCUCCAACGUCAUCUCAAGCUGAAGCCAAGCCAAAACUGAAGAUCAAGCGGAAAUACCAAAACAGGCACCUAGCUUCCGCCGCGGCUCGAGAGAGCAGCAACAUCACCGGACCGAAGAGUACGACUUCUCAACUCCCGCCCGUCGUGCCUCUGGCCACUUGCAUUCCGUCCAGCAUUCGCACUGCCCACGCGUCAAGUCCGCCAACAUGGCUCGAGCCAGACGGCACGCCGAGCAAUAAGCACCGCGCCGCCCAGACCCUGUGGGAUGACAUGAACAGCAGCGAGGGCCAGCCUCGGCUUCGCGAACCACGUGAAAACAGAGAUUUCCUGAGGGUGUUUGUAUGUGAGAUGAAUAUGCGAAAGAGUGGGAAAUUGAGCGAUGAAGCGGUCGGGCGUGCAAAGCUGUGGUUGCCACCAGUUGAUGAGGGUGGAAAAGACAGGGAGCAGAACCGAGGCCGAAGGGAUAAGAAGCCUGGGCCAGAGAGGUGGAAUAGCUGGUCCAGUGACGAUUUCUGAGCCAUCAUGAGCCAAUUGUUUUUCGUCCCAUCGUGUUAUGUUCUUUUUCGCAAAGCAAAGCGGGUUGAAAAGCGACGUCAAAUUCGUGCUGUUUUUUCCGUUUUCUCCAUUCCUCCUAGGACUCCUAGGAUGACUGAUCCAGGAUGAGUCGAAGAUGUAUAUUAUGAGUUAUCUAUGAACUAUCAAAGAGUCUUGGAAAGAUGACGCGGUUUGCAUAGAAGAAAUAGUGAAAUUCCUUUUGAACGGGCGGGGGGCUUACGAGCCUACGUAGUACACAUCUAUGGAAC